CGCGCAUGCGCCCCGCGCUGUGCCGUGCGGCGGAGCCGGUGAGGGAGCGGUGCCGCCAUGGCGGGCCGGGCGCUGCGGGCGCUGCCCAGGCUGAGGGCACUCAACAGGCUGCAAGUAAUAUUUCAACAUUUGAAAAUGUCUAAGCAGACAGACUCAGCAGCAGAAGUGUUGUUGGAAAAGAAAGGAGGUGCAGGAGUAAUAACUUUAAAUAGACCCAAGGCUCUCAAUGCACUAAAUCUGCCUAUGAUCCAAAAAAUCUAUCCUCAACUAAAGACAUGGGAGCAAGAUCCUGAAACUUUUCUAAUAAUUAUUAAGGGAACUGGAGGAAAAGCUUUUUGUGCUGGGGGUGACAUCCGAGCCAUCACAGAAGCGGGAAAAGUUGGAGAUAAACUGAUACAAGAUUUCUUCAUAGGAGAAUACAGGCUGAACAAUGCCAUUGGCACCUGCAAGAAGCCAUACGUGGCACUAAUUGAUGGCAUUACAAUGGGAGGGGGAGUUGGUGUCUCAGUUCAUGGACAUUUUCGAGUUGCUACAGAAAAGACUGUUUUUGCCAUGCCAGAAACAGCAAUAGGCCUUUUCCCUGAUGUAGGUGGAGGAUAUUUCCUGCCAAGGCUCUCAGGAAAGAUUGGCUAUUACCUCGCACUGACAGGCUGCAGGCUGAAAGGAAGAGAUGUGCUAAAGGCUGGCAUUGCUACACAUUUUGUAGAAUCUGAAAAGCUACCUGCCUUGGAGAAAGACCUGAUAGCACUGAAAUCUCCUUCAAAAGAAAAAAUUGCAGAUUUAUUGAACUCUUACCACAUGAAGUGCACAAUUGAUCAAGAAAAGGAGUUUUCACUUGAUGAACAUAUGGAGAAGAUUAACAGUCUUUUUUCAGCAAAUAGUAUGGAAGAAAUUGUUAAAAAGUUAAAGCAAGAUGGUUCUCCUUUUGCCAUGAAGCAGCUAGAGACUAUUAACAAGAUGUCACCCACGUCUUUAAAGCUGACUCUCAGACAGCUCAGAGAGGGAAGUUCCAUGAGUUUGCAGGAGGUGCUCCGGAUGGAAUACAGACUGAGCCAGGCAUGCAUGAAGGGCCAUGACUUCUACGAAGGGGUUCGAGCAGUGCUGAUUGACAAGGACCAGUCCCCCAAAUGGAAGCCAGCUGCUCUAGAAGAAGUCAGCGAUGAAUUUGUGGACAAUUGUUUUAAACCACUGGGAAAUGAUGAUCUCAAGCUGUAAAGAACAAACCUGUUGGCAUCUUACCUAUGUGCUUAGUUCUGUGAUACCAAAAUUAACUGCAGUGUGAUCAAUUUGGACAAAACUUUUUUAGCUAGUUGAGAUUCUACUUUUCUUACAAGUAGACUUGUAGACUUACAAGUCUACAAGUAGACUUACAAGUCUACUUUUCUUUCUUUUUUUUUUUUUUACUCUUUUUUUUUUUUGCAUUCAGGAACAUUCUCUGUAAUGAGAAAAUAAUUGUAUCUCUGGUUAAUAAUGGGAAAAAACGCUUCAAGUCAAAUUGUUAUUUUUACUGCUUUACACAGUGAUUAACAUUUAAUUUUUUGCAUCAACUCUUAGUUUAGGAGGAGCCCUUGGGCAGAAGAGCACAGUUUAAGGGGUGACCUAAUAAGCAAAAAGUAAAGAGACUUUUUGUGUUCUUUGCUUUGUCACUGAUCUGGUAAAUUGGGAUUGUGCCACAGAUUAUUCUGUGUACAAUGAAAAUAAAAUAUGGUUAAACCUUUAAUGCAGUCAGAGCUACAAAGGAAAAUGCAAGACAGAAUCCAUGGUGUUAAAUAUCCUUUUAAAUAAAAGCUCAGACUGAUAUAUUAUUAGUCUGAGAACAAGAAAUUGUUCUAUUGAUUAAACACUUGUAAUUUUUCAGCCUUGCUGUGUGAUGUAAACAUUGUUUCAAAUGUGAUAAUCUUGCCAGAGCCUGAAGCACACUUCUCUUUGCUUGCAUAGCCCACUUUUUAAAAUGUCAUUAUGUCUGAUUCAACUGCAUAAUCAGUAUUUCACCAUUUCAGAAAAUUGCUGGCUUUUCUUGGUCUUACAGUGGUGAAGAAAGAAGUGCCUCAGACCUUGCUGUGAACACCAAGCAGCAAUUUCCAGUGCAUUCAGGGUGGUGGGUUCUGAUGCUGAUAAGACAUGAAGUCACACAACAGAACCAGAACCCCUUGGUCCAAGUAUCUGUGGGAGGGAAAUCAUUUUUUCUAUUGUAUGCAGACAGCUACUAAUCUUUCUUCAACAUUACACCUUCUUUUUUCUGCUUCAUCAGAGCACAUAGUGUUUCUUUCUGCUUGCUUCUACACCUACAGGCAGGUCACAAGUACAAAUUUUGGCUUCUCUGAAUAAGAAAGAAAGAAAACUUCUGUUCAGUGUCAGCAGUGAGGAAUGAAAAAGUCAGAGCUGCAGCAGAACCAUUGUGGAGUUUUCAACAUUGGGCAGUUCCUAUGACCAACAGCAAUGGUCAGCAAUGGCUUAAGGCUCCUUCCUUCUAGGAGCUGGUGCCUGGAAAAAAUGUCCAGGAAAUUCAGGCAUCAAAGUGAACUUCCAAGAGUGACUUUCAAAAAAAUCAGAGGUGAGCAAAUGGAGAGCUAAAUCAAGAAAAAAUGGCACCUUGCUUUGGCACUAGAGUCUUGUAAGAUAAAAUUAUUAAAAUUUCAGCUGUGAGUUUAUGUAACCUUGGACAUACUUGUUAUGGGACUGUCCUUGAGUUUAGUUCCAAAAGUAAUUGAGAUUUCAUUAAAACCUCUAGAUAAGUCUGAAAGUGUCACAAGACUUUCUACCUCAAGCUGGUCCCAUAAGAAGUGCUCCCCGUGUAUUAUUUAAAAAUUUUAUAUGUUUUACAUUCAUAAACAAUUGCUAUUUUAAAUUUAUUUUUUAAAGAUUGGUUAUCUUAAUAAUUCCACUAUUUUUGUAUAAAAGGAGCAAUAUUCAGCCAACUAUAUUAAAUGAAAACCACAGUAAUUCCCAGAGAGCAGGGAUGAUGCCUCCUCUCAUUGUAAAAGAAAGAACAUACUUUUGAGUUAAUAAACUUUGACUUGCAUGUUCAGAUGCUUCCAGAAUUCAUGUGAACAGGAAUUAUCCCAAGCUCAAGGUAAAGAGAUCCUGUCCAAUCUUUGCAAUCUUGUGGGUUUUUUUCAAAUAAAAGGCAUACAAGCA